AUGGAGUUAACCGUUUCGGAAGAGUAUUUAACAAAAUUCUGCAAAGUUAAUAGUUUGUCAGUUGGUACUGAUGAUUCACUAUGGAUAGGAUCGGGGAAAAUACACAAAGGUUUCUUUGCUAAUUUUUUUGCCACGUCAAAGGCUUUACAGAGAGUUAAACUAAAGGGAAACAAGAUAAAGGUCAUAGAUGGAUUUAAUAUUGAAGUGAAGGAAACUGCUAUAUCUCCAUUCAACGACCUCUUAAUUGUUUCAAACACAUCAAGAUUGAAACAAGUAAUGCACGGUUCUGGGAAGAUUACAGACUCAAAAUACUGUGUUGAACCUCUGGUGCCACUCUGCGUCCAUUUCACAACUGACAACCAAGUUCUGAUUGGUGCUGUUGAAGAUCUGUUUAUUGAUUCUUAUAAUAUGAACGUACCCGAUCUUUACAAUUUGAGUGGAAGGAGGGCAAUAUGUAUUAUGGAUAUUGAUGGAAAUCACCUAGAUGUUAUAGAAAGCGAUGAUGUAAAUAAACCAUUGUUCAUUUAUCCUCGUUAUAUUACUACAUGCAGUGAUACCAUUUUUUGUGUGGAUUUGUUUUGUAAAGCAGUUGGAGGAAGAGUUGUUAUACUUGAUUCUGAUAAAAGUGUUAAAGCGAUAUACAAAGGAAAUCCAGAUGUCGGAAAAAGUUUGAUCUUUACGCCUUAUCAUAUAGCAUCUACAGCUUCUGAGAGUGUUAUUGUUUCAGAUUUCCAUGGGCAUGCCCUGCAUUUGCUAAAUAAGAGCGGUCAACUAUUGGCAUAUUUCGACACCAUCAUGAUAGGUAUAUCAUACCCUACAACUCUUGCAAUUACCACAAAAGAACAGACUCAUAUUCUUUAUAUGGGAAAUGGUGACUUCGGUGAUGACUCAAAUACAAAAGCCCGAUUAUAUAAAUUUCAACUCAGUUUGGAAUCUGCAUAA